UCAGGUGGACAAAAACCGGUACAAUAAACUGCUCGUGCACACAAUAUAAUAUAUGGUACCAGUAAUUAUAGAUAUAGUUUGCUGUAGCCGCCCAACUGCUGAAUUGGACAAGAGUGCCAUCGACAAUCAGCCAUCGUGCACAGACGCCCGGUGCGGCAGUGCUCAUGACUAGUCAUGGCAGUGCUUGAAUAGCAGUCAAGCCGACUGGCUGUGUGCGUGUGCAUCGAACAGUUUAAUAUUAUAAUAUACAAUUUACGUUUACGCAUACAUCGAGCAAUCGUUACAAUCUGUCGAACAAAAUACAAAACAUUUUAUAACUUUUGAGUACAUAUUUAACUGUUUGUAGUAUAUAAAUAUAUAUAUACCUACAUUGUAUCUACACUAUAUGUAAAUUUACGUGGAUGUGAAAACCCUGACAAAAUGACCGAAUGGCCGUGGCUGAUGAUUAUACUGGCUCUCAUUAGCACGAUGCAAUGGCCUACUUCAACAGCACAACAAACAAAAGACAAUAAUUCAUACUGGGAAGGGUAUUUAAGGUCUUCAGCAAGGAAUAGGCCGAAAAGAACAAGAUUUUUUGAUGAAGAUACUACUGCCACUAUAGCCAUCAGAUCAAGUUACAAGGAGGAUCAAAAAGUUGAACCUGUUAUUAAUAUUAAAAGUAUAAAUGUAAGAGAUUUACCACCAGCAAAUUUGACCAAAUCAUUAUUUACAAAUGAAAAUACAACCAAUAAUACCAAUAAGCAAUCCAGUACCGGUGGAAAAUUAUCUAAAAAAAAAUUGUCACCAAUUGUUUUUCCAAAUCCAACAGUUUCAAUCAACAAAUUUAUACCAGAUCCACAAAUAAUCGAAAAAUGUUCAUUGAACGAAACUUUUUGUGUCAAAGUUGAUAAUUAUCCAAGACAAGAUUUAUCCGAUCUUUUUAGAACCAGCAAAUAUAUGUCAACUUCUUAUUUUGGAAUAGAUACUGUAACUAAUGAAAUACAGACAAGAAUAUCCAAUAGUAAUCUUGAAACAUUUUGUGAAUCAAAAGAAGAUGUAAUAUUUCCGGAAGCAGGUGUUACAAAAAACAAUGAAUGGCGUUAUAUUAUACAAGACCCAAAUAAUGACAAUUCAAGUUUUAGACAAGGGAUUCGAGUGGAGAAAUGUAUAGAUGCUGGACAGAACUGCAAAUUUAAUAAUCUUUUACCACUUGGAUACACAUCAAUUUGUGUACAAAAAUAUAUCUAUAAAAAAAUGGUUGCCAUUAAAGAUUCUAAAGAAGUAUAUUAUGAAAGUUUUAAAAUACCAUCAUGUUGUGAGUGCAUGUACAGUAUUAAUCCAGAUGCAGAUCUAUUAACAAGGUUUAAUCAGAAUAGAUCGGAAACUUCAAAAACAAACAAAUACAACAAAAAUUAAAAAGGUUAAGAUACAUACACAAAAAAUAAAGUAUAUUUUAAUCUGUAAAAUGAUAUAGUUAAUGUAAUUUUGUAACAAUGUGUAAAUAUGUGUACUCUUUAUUUAACAUCUGGCUGAUAUAACUAACAUGUAAAAUAUUCAAAGUUGAAAAUGUAAUCUAAAAUAAAGUUAAGGUAACAGUGUUCAAUGUCUUGAGAGUUAAAAUGUAACAUUUUUUUUUAGGCGCAAAUUAAUAUAAAUUAUACCUAUUAGAAAUUAAAAUAUAACUUAUGCAUUAAUUUUUAUAAGAAUUAUUUGUUAAACACAUGAUAUUACUUACAAUAGAAACUUAUUACAUUAUAAAACUGGUAUUUUUCCCAAUAUUCUAUUUUCAUAAGUUUUAUAGUGUUCACCAAUUUAGGGAAUACUGAAUUUCUCGGCCAGAUUAUUUUAGAAUAAAUCGAUUUUUUUUUACAAGCUGGUGCUAUAUAAAUAUACAAUUAUAGAUACAUUUCAAAAUGUUUAUCAUUUUGGUCUGCGCAUACGCAGUAAAAACUAUUUUUUUUAAUUGCAACACCUAUUAUGAACAUCAUAUUCGGAUAGGCCUAUUUUUUAAAAGUAAUUUUGAUGAAUCAACUAUGGUUCUAAAUUCAAAAUUGACUGAAUAAGAGCCAUGCCAAUUUUAAUAAAUAAUAAAUAAAAUAGUUUAUAAUUAAUUCUUAUUGGUUAUUUUUUGA